ACACGUUGAUAGCGAAAGCGCGUUUUAAUCCCCGUUCUAACCUCUCCACACCAACUUUUUGAGCUUAGUAACAGCAUUAAGUGACUACAUUGAAUACUUGGGUUGUCUUUCAUUUUCAGGCGCCUGCAAGCUAUAUAUAUCUGCAGACUGGAUCAAUGUCAACACGUAUUCAUCGAUAACCAUGGCUACAGCUAUGCAAGUUAUGCAUAGCUCUGCAUCUUCAAAUCACCAGCAGACACCCGGUAGCACCGCUCCAGUCCUUGAAUAUGUCUGCCUAUUUACGCGCGACCUUCGCAGAAAGCAAAAGCGCUGGCAAGAUGGGAGGUUGAAAUAUCACACAUUCAACAAACGUAUCAUGGUAUACGACGAGCGUGGCAACUUUGUAGGGGAUACACACUGGCACGAAGAUUAUGAUUUCGACGAAGGGGAAGAAGUUGAACUUGAAAGAGGAGGCACCAUUGUUCAGGUCGCUGAAUGUACGGGGAGUCGUGAUCAAGAUAUCUCCGAGCUCAUAGACAAGAGAGCUCGAGAAAGGGCUGAGCGUCAAUCUGCUGCUCUUGCACGACGACCUCCCAUAGUUGAGGCCGCUACACCGAAUGUUGCUGCCCCUCACUUCCAGCUGCGACAUAAGCCUCUCCAUAAUUUGAUCGGUACGCCUACUGGCCACCACGGGCGUGCUCUCGUGCCAACUGAAUCGCCAUACGAAGAAAGACAGAAACUAGCUGCUUCCGUACAAGAAAACGAUGCACGCCCUGCGAAGCGAAGGAAGCGAGAAGUAUCUCCUCCAAGCAAGAGCGGUUAUGCACAAAGCUUAUUUGGCGCUUCAUUGACACUAUCUGGUACGCCAGCAAGCAGUCCACUAUUACGGAGCAGGCCACCGAAGGUGACAUCCGUCUCCGCUGACGACCGGCCUUUGUCAUCAGCUAUUCCCAGCGCCCAUGCCGGUGAUUCAGGUGCUGAGCCUAUACUUAUACAUGAUGCACCUACAAGAAUACAAGAAGAAGCACAAGCCAAUACUUCUGGACUUGCGCUAUCAAGGAAAGUGUAUCAAGAGCACCAGUUUGUUUCAACGCGGGAUUCUGUUAAGCCGCAGCCCCUGCCGCUUUUCUUAGGCGAUAAACCUAACAUUAACGAUCAAUGCGACCCACCUUUUAACAAAAGACAGUCAGGACCAAGGCGAAGGGAUCGGACUGGAGGACAGCCCAUAGAAAUCGACACGUUGCAACCAAUAUCGGCGAACUUGGGUUUGAAAAGCCACGAAAGCAAUAAGCGACACUAUGGAGAUAGUGCCCUUGGCAAUAUAGCGCCAGCGGUAGAUUUAAUCGAUAGAGGAACUAAAGGCCCACCCUCUGUAUUAGGACCAAAAGAAUCAGUUCGGAGCCAGAAUCUCACCACAGAGCCGAAGCCUAGGAAUAAAGCGGAAGCGGAUGACAGUAAUAAUGAAUGCUUAGGGUUGGCCCAGAGACAGCCUAUAAGCGAGUCAAGGACAGAAUUGCGUAUCAAGCCUAGGAAGAAACGGGGCCUAGUAAUGGUAUCAGAGAAGCUGAAUAGUGACAGUUCAUCAAAAAGAGCAUCUAAGAACCAAAUCGAUUGCCAAUACCCACCUGCUCCACCAAGCGAUAUCACGAAAGGGUAUUCAAAUGAUGGUAUGUUCGACGAUGAUAUAAGUAUAGACACCGGUGUUAAAGAGCUCGAUCAUACCCGACGAAUGACACAGAAUGCUCCCUUAUGCAAUCCGUCGCAAGUAAAUCCUAAGUCGGCAUACAAACAAGGUACCAGAAUAAAGAAGGAUCGGCGGAAAAUACAGAGUGCAAAACACAGUGAAGAUGAUCCAGCUAUUUCGGAUUCUGAAAUUCAGAGUGAACUUUUUAAGGAUAUGGGAACGUGUGCUUAUUACGAUCAAACGAAUGACGAGUCAUCUAGCUUCAAGCAUGAGCAUGGUGUUCAAGCCGAAGCAACUAAGCUUUCAAGAAACAGAAGCGGCUCAUCUAGGAAGAAAAAGCUUCGGACCAAGGAUAACGUAGACUCCCAUUCAACAGCAGAAAAAAAGGAUACCGAGAAGCAGAUUAUGACUGACGGAGAUGACUUGGGUUUGCCCGACGACGUUCCUGCCCCUCGCCUUGCUCAAUUAGGCCGCAGGAACGUACGUAGCAAAGAGGUUAUCGGUUUUUUUUUCGACGAAGAAAUUGAUAGCGGGCCUCAACGGAGAGAGGGUGGUGAGUAUGGUAAGGCAAGUCUCGCUAGUGGCUUUUCCGCGAACCACUCGACGGCGCAGCCUCCUCUAGACAAUGAAACAAGGGCGGUAAGCAACCGUGCCCCCCCCGAGUUUGUCGAAGACCGCAACAUAGGUGCAGUUGAUGUCGAAGCGAUUUCAUGUCUUCCGCGGAAGCAAACCAGACCCACGUCAGCCCGAGUCAGCGGGAACUCAGACGUGCAGGCUUUAUCUGACGACACUGCGGCGACGCGGCUACCUGCUGCUAAGAUGGUGGUCAACCCCGCCACCCGAGGGAAGAAGGCUGCCAAGCCGUCGGAUGCUGCCGGCCAUGUUCCCCAAUGUCCAUUGCCGUUAGAAGCGGCGUUGGGAAAACCUCCAGAUACCAAGAGGCAUGAACACGACGAACAGAAUACUACAUCAAAAAUCCGACGCGAAGCUUCCGUUGCAAUGAUGCCCGUAUUUGCCAGAGCGAACGGAGGACCAUGGAGCAGGGAAGCCCAUGAUCUAUUUGAAUUUGCACGCCCACCGUAGGGUGUGCGAAUGUAACCCUUUUGCGAAUUCUCUAAUCCGGGGCGGCUCUGGGAGAAGGGAGAAAUAGUUUACGACCAACAAAUGCAAGCUAGGAUUACGCCGGUUUAUGUUGUGUGCAAUACUUACAGCAGGGCUAAAAGUAAAUUGGGAAUUUG